CAAUACUUGAGAAUAUCGAAGAAUCGUACUAUGAGAAUAUAUUCAAAGGUGGAAGAAAGUUCAUCAACACGCGUGAAAUUACUGAAAAGUUAUCUGAAAUGACUUCAGUUGGCAAGAAAUUGAACUUCUAG